GGCGAGGAGGGGUGUGCAGCACAAUAGGCGAAUGUAAUGAAAGAGGGAGAUAUGGGGAGAAGGAGGCUGCGAGUCGGAUGACUGCCUCCCAAACCCCUGCUCCUGUUUAAUAUUCCGCCUGCUCUCCUCUUAUUGUGCUUGGCUCCUGUGGGAUUGGAACUCACGUCUUGAAACCGAAGCCAAUUUUCUGUCUUAAUCUCACAAUGUUUUGACUGGAGGCAGAUCCAGUUUUUUUUUCUUUUUUUCUGAGUCCGAGUGGAAACUACCAAGAGCAUCGCUCUCUGGUUCUCAUAUAGAGACGGAUGGAGGGAGCGGGUCCCCGGCUGCUCGGAUGAGAUGACAUACAAGUGACCAAAUGGAAAGAGAGCGGACGUUUAAGUAAAUCCAGUUCUGUCUCCGCACCGGGAAGAGAACGGAAUUCUGGGAUUAUUCCGCUGGGAUUUUUUUUUUUUCAACAGUUGGACUUGGUGACCGAUCUGGGGGAAGAUCUUAUAAUUUCACCUGGAUACUGUGAGAGAUUGCUGGCUAUAAGAGAUGACUGUGGUUCUGUCCAUGAACAGAUUCUGCAACCCCAUUACCUCAGAAGGCCCGGCGGAGAUUGCAGAGUACAGGGCAGUGUGGGAGACCGACCACCCGGGCAAGGCCGGCAGCCCCCCCACCGCCCCCCAUGCCCAGCACCAGGAGUACAGAGUGUGUGACUCUUCUCCAGAAUCACAUUACAGGGGAGUUUCACAUCCAAAAACAGCUUCCAAGAGCACUUACUUUAAAAGGAAAUAUGUAGAAGAGGAUUAUCAUCUGCCGCUCAACAGCUGUAGUCAUAAAAAUGUGUCCAUCUUUGAAGAGCGGGCCCAUGUACUUUAUAUGUCCUUGGAGAAAUUAAAAUUCAUCGACGACCCUGAAGUGUUCCUCAGAAGAUCGGUCCUCAUCAACAACCUGAUGAAGAGAAUUCAUGGAGAGAUUCUACUGCAGAACAACUGGUGCUUCUCAGCAUGUGCCCUGAGCAGCGCAUCGGCCCAGGAAUGGUUUGUGCCCCAGGACUGUCCUUAUCGGAAACGCCUUCGUAUUGCCAAGGAUGACAGUAGCCUUCAGACUUGUUGUUUUUACCAGGAAUGUGGCAGCCAUUAUCUAAACAUUCCGUUCACCGUUAAUGCCAACGCAGGGCAAAUUGCAGCCUCCUGCUCAUCUAGUAGCUCUUUGCCUUUGCCAGGAUGCUCUCACCAUAUGGAUUACACCAUGGCGGAGGCUCCUUUAUACAGGAACAGCAUCCAGGGACCUUCCUGUGGGGGGUUGGUCACCAAUUCAAGGCCUCAACACAAGCCAAAUUUGCACGAGGAACCGGCGGAAGAAAAGAGAGGCACGCUCAGCUUUAGCUGUGAGACCUCCAAUGGAGGUGGUGCCCUGGAACGAAAAGGCCGACUUUAUGAUUUUUUGGCAACUGGUUGCAAUGACAAGAGUAGCAUAAGUGAACCGUGGAAAAAAUCUCUCAGGAAAAAAGAGGUUUUUCCAGGUAAUAAACUAUGCUGCACCAAAGGAAAUAAGAUGUGAGGGCGGCAGCAACUAUUUUCGUAAUUUCUUUUUUUGUCGUUGCCUAAAAAUGGGCUUCUGUUCUGCAGUGGAAAUGGGUUUUUUGUAGCUUUUUAUGGUGAUAAUGAAACA